GGUGGCGAGGUAACCGAAGGGAAGUUCUCGAUCUACUUAUGCUAAAAAAGUAAAACAGACAAAACUAUCAAACUUUAUCCGAAGCAUUUCUUUCGGUUCCCGACAAUCUGUUUUGCAACUUUGGCUGCUCUUGUAGCUGACACAAUGUCUUCGCAGUUCAACAGAGGUCCAGCAUACGGGUUUUCAGCGGAAGUGAAAAGCAAGAUUGCACAGAAAUAUGACACCCAGAAGGAGGAAGAGUUACGAAUUUGGAUCGAGGACGUUACUGGGCGCUCAAUUGGAGAUGACUUUCAGAAAGGGUUAAAAAACGGUGUCAUUCUCUGCGAGCUCAUAAACAAACUUCGGCCAGGGUCUGUGAAAAAGAUCAACCAAUCAUCGCAAAACUGGCAUCAGCUGGAGAACCUGACCAACUUCAUUAAAGCGACCACAACAUACGGGCUCAAGCCUCACGAUAUUUUUGAAGCCAAUGAUCUGUUUGAGAAUGGAAACAUGACACAGGUUCAGACCACCCUCCUGGCUCUUGCUGGCAUGGCUAAAACCAAGGGCAUCCACUCAAGUGUAGACAUUGGAGUGAAGUAUGCAGAGAGACAGGAGAGGGCAUUUGAUGAGGAGAAAAUGAAAGCCGGACAAUGUGUCAUUGGAUUACAGAUGGGGACAAAUAAAUGUGCAAGUCAAGCUGGAAUGAAUGCCUAUGGUACCAGAAGACACCUGUAUGAUCCCAAAUCACACAUUCUACCACCAAUGGACCAUUCAACCAUCAGUCUGCAGAUGGGCACCAACAAGGGUGCUAGCCAAUCUGGUAUGACCGCUCCAGGAACCCGUCGUGCCAUCUACGACCAGAAAUUAGGCACUGACAAGUGUGACAACUCCACAAUGUCUCUACAAAUGGGCUACUCUCAAGGCGCCAACCAGAGCGGGCAGAAUUUUGGCCUUGGCCGUCAGAUCUAUGAUGCCAAAUACUGCCCCAAAGGUGCACCCAGCGCAAGCGGAGAAGCUGACACUGGCCUCAUGGAUUACCAAGACGAGGGCUACCAGGGUUAUCAGGAUGACGGUCAAGAUUACUGAAUCAACCAAUCGCAGGCAAUGAGUCUCAAUAAGAAGCUAACAAAAGACCCAAAGCAUUCCAUUACACCACAGUUAGCAUGCCAUCUGUCGGGAUAGUGGUUAAAGUUACCAAUAUGACAACAUAUCACUUAUGUUUUAAAUAUAAGAUGUUUUUUUUUUUUUUUUUUUAAUAAACAUUGUUUUAUUAAUUUAAAGCGAGAGCCCUACACAACAUAUCAGUUAAGUGUUAUGUGUAUUGAUACUACUUGUAUUUUAUAUGGUUCAAGUGACAAUCAUUUAAUUGCACAACCACUAUAAUAAUAUUUAGUAUUUGCUUAAUUGUUUAGUUUAAUGUAGUUUUUAUUAAAAAUUUUAAUUUUCGGUGAAAAUGUUGAUCUCUACUUUGAUGUUAAACAAGUAUGACGGGGGUUAAUGUAAAGUUAUUCACAUAAUCCCAAAUAUUUUAGUUUUUAGCUGUUGUGAAGGAAUUUGAUAUUAAGUAUGUAUGAGAGAGCGUUACAUGAGCCUGAUUCAUUAUUUGAACAUGCUCAGGGGUUUAAAAUCACCUUUUCUUGUCAGUUGAGCAUGUGAAGGUGAAUUUUUACUGUUACAGUUGAAAGAUGCAAAGUUGAAAUAGUGAGGGUUUAUAUAAGACAAACCUUUACUGCAGUUACAUGGUCCAUUGUUUUAAUUUAAGAGCUUUUUUUUUCCCCCAGUAAUAUUUUGUUUGUGUUUUUAGGCUGGGAAGUGAGAGCACAUUCUUGACAUGCACAAAAAGGAAGGGUUCAUUUCAGCCUCUUUUUUUUUUUAAAGUAAUUUCUGCUUUUGACAUUCUAAAUAUUAUACUUCCUCACUUGAUUAGAGGAGCUGAAUGUGGUUUAUGUUUUACAAUACACAUUACUGUCGCACAUGCAAUCUGUAAUGUGUUUUAAAGAGUUCAUCUUUGUAUUAGUGUUUCAUAUUCUCAUCAAAUAUUUUACAGUUCGCCUAGCCAGAACAACUGGAGCUUGUCUUGUUUUCUUUGGAUUAUAGUAUUGUGAAAGGAAAUUGAAGUAUAAUGUUGUGAGCCUUGAACAUUUUAAGAACUGGAUUCACUACUUUUUUUCCAGUGUUUGUUCUCAUUCCAAAAGACUCUUUUUUUUGGUCUGCUCAGAUUAAUCACUUAAAUUGAUAUAUCUGUGUAUGCUUUAUACUUGUGUUUUUUAAUUUUCUUAUUGAAUAAGAUGCUUUAGAUGGAUGUAUUAAAGAUUUGGUUCAUAAUAAAAGGUGAAGAACAACCGUUA